AUGACACCAAUCUUGUAUCAGCAAGCUGCUGUUAUGGCUUGUGACAUUGCUUCCGUUCAUUACCUCAAAAUUCUGCUCCAACACAAAGGUUUGAAUAAAUUAUUUGAUGGAGUUAUCAGAGCUGUCUUGGCUCCUGAUCCAUGUGAAAAGACAACAAAGGAACAUUCCAAGGGUUGCACAAUUUGUUGA